GAGCGCGGCCGGAGUCACCGCGCGCUCACCUCCCCGCUGGGGCAGCGGAGGCCCGCGGGUUGGAUCACAGCCCCCGCGCCCUCUUCUUGGGCGCCGGCGUCACCGCGCAGGUUUUGGUGCAGCUGGGCCCCGGGUGCCCCGCGAUGUGGCCCUGAGCGAAGGAACCCGCACCGGCGGGAGCAGGAGCAGCCGGGCACCGAGUGGCCGGUGCGCCCCGCCGAGCGCGCUUGCGUGCGUGGCCAGCGAGCUGCCAGCGCUCCCGGUUUCUGCCUGGCUUCUCAGCUUAAUUUUCCUCGGCGGGAUUAAAGUUGGAAAUUGAGCGGAGAAUUGAGUUAGCCAGAAACAGAGCUACGGCCGCCGCCAGAGCGAUGUUCCCGCAGAGCCGGCACCCGACGCCGCACCAGGCUGCAGGCCAGCCCUUCAAAUUCACUAUCCCGGAGUCCCUGGACCGGAUUAAAGAGGAAUUCCAGUUCCUGCAGGCCCAAUAUCACAGCCUUAAAUUGGAAUGCGAGAAACUGGCAAGUGAAAAGACAGAAAUGCAGAGGCACUAUGUGAUGUAUUAUGAAAUGUCGUAUGGAUUAAACAUAGAAAUGCAUAAACAGACUGAAAUCGCCAAGAGAUUGAAUACAAUUUGUGCACAAGUCAUCCCAUUUCUGUCUCAGGAACAUCAACAACAGGUGGCCCAGGCUGUGGAGCGUGCCAAGCAGGUGACCAUGGCAGAGUUGAAUGCCAUCAUCGGGGUACGUGGCCUUCCAGGUCUACCUCCUACACAGCAGCAGUUGCAAGCUCAGCAUCUUUCUCACGGCCACGGACCCCCAGUGCCCCUCACGCCUCACCCUUCGGGACUUCAGCCUCCUGGAAUCCCGCCCCUCGGGGGCAGUGCUGGCCUCCUGGCGCUGUCUAGUGCUCUGAGUGGGCAGUCUCACUUGGCAAUAAAAGAUGACAAGAAGCACCACGAUGCAGAGCACCACAGAGACAGAGAACCGGGCACAAGUAAUUCCCUCUUGGUCCCAGACAGUCUAAGGGGCACCGAUAAACGCAGAAACGGGCCUGAAUUUUCCAAUGACAUCAAAAAAAGAAAGGUGGAUGAUAAGGACUCCAGCCACUAUGAUAGCGAUGGUGACAAAAGCGAUGACAACUUAGUUGUGGAUGUGUCUAAUGAGGACCCUUCUUCUCCGCGAGCAAGCCCCACCCAUUCACCCAGGGAAAACGGGAUUGACAAAAACCGCCUGCUGAAGAAAGAUGCUUCCAGCAGCCCAGCAUCCACGGCCUCUUCGGGAAGCUCCACUUCUUUGAAGUCCAAAGAAAUGAGCUUGCAUGAAAAAGCCAGCACGCCUGUUCUGAAAUCCAGCACACCGACGCCUCGGAGCGACAUGCCAACGCCGGGCACCAGUGCCACUCCAGGACUCCGUCCAGGCCUCGGCAAGCCUCCAGCCAUGGACCCCCUCGUUAACCAAGCGGCGGCGGGCCUGAGGACGCCGCUGGCGGUGCCUGGGCCAUACCCCGCCCCGUUCGGGAUGGUGCCCCAUGCCGGCAUGAACGGCGAGCUGACCAGCCCCGGCGCCGCCUACGCCAGCCUGCACAACAUGUCCCCGCAGAUGAGUGCAGCCGCCGCCGCCGCCGCCGUGGUGGCCUAUGGGCGCUCCCCAAUGGUUGGGUUUGAUCCUCCCCCUCACAUGCGAGUACCUACCAUCCCUCCAAACCUGGCAGGAAUCCCUGGGGGGAAACCUGCGUACUCCUUCCAUGUCACCGCAGACGGCCAGAUGCAGCCUGUCCCUUUCCCCCCCGACGCCCUCAUCGGACCCGGAAUCCCCCGGCACGCGCGCCAGAUCAACACCCUGAACCACGGUGAGGUGGUGUGCGCGGUGACCAUCAGCAACCCCACGAGACACGUGUACACGGGCGGCAAGGGCUGCGUCAAGGUCUGGGACAUCAGCCACCCCGGCAACAAGAGCCCCGUCUCUCAGCUCGACUGUCUGAACAGGGAUAACUACAUCCGUUCCUGCAAAUUGCUCCCUGAUGGUUGUACCCUCAUCGUGGGAGGGGAGGCCAGCACUCUGUCCAUCUGGGACCUAGCGGCUCCGACCCCACGCAUCAAGGCAGAGCUGACUUCCUCGGCCCCUGCGUGCUAUGCCCUGGCCAUCAGCCCCGACUCCAAGGUCUGCUUCUCGUGCUGCAGUGACGGUAACAUCGCCGUCUGGGACCUGCACAACCAGACGCUGGUGAGGCAAUUCCAGGGCCACACAGAUGGGGCCAGCUGUAUUGACAUUUCUAACGACGGCACCAAGCUCUGGACGGGCGGCCUGGACAACACGGUCAGGUCCUGGGACCUGCGCGAGGGGCGGCAGCUGCAACAGCACGACUUCACCUCACAGAUCUUCUCCCUUGGAUACUGCCCAACUGGGGAGUGGCUGGCCGUGGGCAUGGAGAGUAGCAAUGUGGAAGUUCUUCACGUGAAUAAGCCUGACAAGUACCAGCUGCAUCUCCAUGAGAGCUGUGUGCUAUCCCUAAAAUUUGCUUAUUGUGGUAAAUGGUUUGUGAGUACUGGCAAAGACAACCUCCUCAAUGCUUGGCGGACCCCCUACGGAGCUAGUAUAUUCCAGUCCAAAGAGUCCUCGUCCGUGCUUAGCUGUGACAUCUCUGUGGAUGAUAAGUACAUAGUCACUGGCUCAGGGGACAAGAAGGCUACAGUCUAUGAAGUCAUCUACUGAAAACAUGAUGUGGUUUAACGUUUAUAGUUGAAUCGGGCCAAAAUGUUUUGAGAAUUUGUAGAAAUAGAAAAGUUGUAACUUUAAAAGGAAGAAAGAAAACCACGAAAACCUGUUUCCAAACCUUGACAUGAAACUACUUUGAGUCUACAGAGAGGAGGCAACAAGUCUAUCAGCUGAAGGUCACCUAUCUACCUAGACUAAACGGAGCACUGAGGCAGAGUGGACAGAGGGGCCAAGGGGUGUAGGCAGAGCCUGUUCCUGUCUGUCUGUGUGAUCUGCCGAGAUUACCUUCCUGUUCCUUGCGGUUCCCCUCACGUUCUGUGCUUCGUAGAGCAGUGCUGUCUCCAAUGAACUUGUUUCCUGGUUUUGCAUCUUGUGAAAUGUUUUUUUGUAUUUUUGUUGAAGGUUAAACAUUUGUAUAAAUUGUAAAUAUAUUUGGUUUAUUACAGUAAAGGCUUUAGUACCAA